AUGGCAACGGCUGCAACAGGUGAACAAGAAUUUGACAUUUUCACUUGUCCUAUAUGUUUAGAGAAACUUAAAUCUCCUAAAAGUUUACCGUGUUCUCACAGCUUUUGUGAAGUAUGUAUCGGUGAGUUUAUUUUAUCGACAGAACGUCGGACGGGACAUAAACUUUCGAGUUACCCAUGCCCCGUUUGUAGAGCAGAUGUUACGUCCACCAAUCAAGAAGACGAAACAUCACAGUGGGCAUCGACUCUCCCGCAAAAUUUAUCAUUUCCAUCACAAAUGGACCAAUCAGAAUCUAAGAAACAAGAGUGUCAUCUAUGCAAAACAGAAAAUAAUCAAAACGUAGCAGCACACUGGUGUCGGGAUUGCAGUGAUGCCUUUUGUGAUGACUGCUUACGAAUUCACAACCGUAUGAAAUUUUCUGCAGAUCACAAGAUUGUGAAAAUCGAAGAAAUUAGUCAGUGUGCCAGCGUAGGCGAGUCUGAUUUUAGUUUGAUAUCCGAUUCAUGUCCGAUUCACAAAUCUAAAAUUUUGGAAGCGUUCUGUUUCGACCACCAGACACUGUGCUGCGUGCUCUGUCUAACAUUGCAACAUAGGAAAUGUGAGAAGGUUCAUGCAAUUGAUGAAAUUCAAAAUCUUGACAAAGAUAUUAUAUUAUCUCAACUGAAAUCAGAACUAAUCGAAAUGAAAAAUAAAGUCAAUGAAUUCAAAACAACAAGAGGUAUUCACAAGAAAAAACUCGACGUUGUUUUCACCGAAAUGGAAUUGAACGCAAGAAAAAAUAUUGAUUGUUUGAAAAAGAAGCUAAACAGUCUCCUGGCUGUGUUUGUAAAAGAACUGAACUUAAAACGCGAAGAGCAGAGAGUUUCUUCUGAAGAAAAGAUGGAUGCAUUUGAUAAACUUUUAAGUUAUAUUGAACAGUUACAAAACGCGUCAAAAACUGUCGAAGAUCAUUGCAAUUUGAAUCAAACAUUUAUUUUCUUCGAACGAUCCAAAACUGAUAUCAAAGCUGUAGUAAAGGAAUCAAGGGAUGUAAUAAAUACAGAGUCAAUUGAUAAUGCUGCAUUUACUUUUUGCAAAAUACUGGAACAAGCAUCAAAUGUUUCUUCUCUCGGCAUAAUAAAGUUUUCAAGAUCUAUCUCGAUUGAAAGGAAUACAUUUGAUAGACAGUUAUACCCUUCUAAAAGUAUUUUACUAGUUAAGAGUAUGCCUCCACUUUGCUAUGACAACAUUUCGCUUAAACGGACUAAGUCGUUUAGUUUAAAAGCGUUUGCCAUUUAUGGGUGUGUUUUUGCUUCGGAUACCAUUGUUGUUUUGGGUGGAAGGGAGGCCUGUAUGGGAGUGCAAAAAGGAAAAGUUAAGGUUCUCGACAUAACAAACGGAUCUAUCACAUCUGAAUACAGUAUUGAAGAAACAGUUAAAAGACUUUCGUACGAUAUUGAAAGUAAAUCACUUUUUAUUUCAUGCUAUGAUUCUAAACUUCUCAGUGUGAAGUUUGCCAAAGACUUAAACUCACCAGUAAAUAUUAAAACAAUGGCACAAAAUGUUGGUGCUACAUGUGUUUUUGAAAAGAAUCUGUACGUCGUCGCUGAUAAUGCCUUGCAAAAAGUAGGCAUCGAAAAGGCAAAGGAAGAAGCCAUUUUAAAAACAUGUUUUAAAACUAAUACCGACUGUAAAUCUCUUAACGGACUGGACAUCGACUGCAAGAACAAACGUGUGCUAUACACAUCUUCAGCUUAUGAGGUGCUGACCAGUAUCCAUCCCGAGUCACCUAUUAUCGCCGUAUGCUCCAUAGCUGAUAGUGCUCCAAACUGUUGA